UGUUGACAAAAUACGUUGCGAUGUCCCGGAAAAAGUGGUCCUCGCUGGACAAACCGCCACUCUCGGAUGCAGUGCUUCAGGUGGUGCAGAGCUUCGGCUUCCAGCAGAUGACGCCCGUCCAGACGGCGGCCAUUCCGCUGCUCCUGGCCCGAAAAGACGUAUCCGCGGAGGCGGUGACGGGCAGUGGAAAAACGCUGGCCUUCCUCGUGCCCCUGCUGGAAAUCCUGCAGAGGCGCCACAAGGAGACGCCUUGGGGGCCGAAGGAGGUUGGUGCCCUCAUCAUCUCACCCACUAGGGAACUGGCCCGCCAGAUCUCCGAGGUGCUGGCCCAAUUCCUGGAGCACGAGGAUCUGGAGCAUCUGAAUCAACAGCUGAUUGUGGGCGGCAACAGCAUCGAGGAGGAUAUAGCCACGCUGCGCAAGGAGACGCCCUGCAUUCUGGUCUGCACGCCCGGCCGGCUGGAGGAUCUCUUCCAGCGCAAGGGCGACGAUCUGAAUUUGGCGGCGCGGGUCAAGAGUCUGGAGUUUCUGGUCCUCGACGAGGCGGAUCGUCUGCUGGACUUGGGCUUCAAAACGAGUGUGAACAACAUACUGGGCUACCUGCCCCGCCAGCGACGAACUGGACUCUUCUCCGCCACACAGACCACCGAGGUGACGGACCUAAUCCGUGCGGGUUUGAGAAAUCCUGUACUGGUUUCGGUCAAAGAGAAGGCAUCUGUGAACACGCCCGCUCGCCUGCAGAACUUCUACAGGAUUGUCGAGCCGGAACGCAAGUUCCUGGCCCUGCUGGACUUCCUCGGCUCACCCGCCACGCGAACCGGCAAGGUAAUGGUCUUCUUUCCCACCUGCGCCUGUGUGGAAUACUGGGCGGAGGCCCUGCCGCCGCUGCUGCCCAAGCGCACAGUGCUGGGAAUCCACGGCAAGAUGAAGAACAAGCGGGCCAAUGUGGUCGAGAGGUUCCGCAACACACCGCAGGCCGUGCUCCUCUGCACGGAUGUCCUGGCGCGUGGCCUGGAUGUGCCCGAGAUCGAGUGGGUGGUGCAGUGGGAUCCACCCGCGACUGCCUCCAGUUUUGUGCAUCGCGUGGGACGCACUGCUCGGCAGGGCAACGAGGGCAACGCUCUGGUGUUUCUGCUGCCCAGCGAGGAUGCCUAUGUGCACUUCCUGAAGAUCAACCAGAAGGUGGAGCUGAAUGAGCUGCCCACCGAGGAGCAGGAGGGCGAUGCUCUUCAACUGCCAGCUAUCCUGAACCAACUGCAUCGCCUGCAGGCGGCGGACAAGGGCAUCUAUGACAAGGGAAUGCGCGCUUUUGUCUCCCAUGUGAGGGCAUACACCAAACACGAAUGCAGCGCUAUUCUCCGGCUAAAAGAUCUGGAUCUGGGCAAAAUGGCCACUGCCUACGGCCUCCUGCAACUGCCUCGCAUGCCGGAGCUGAAGAACUACAAGGAAGGCGGCUAUAUAGCGCCCACUUUCGAGGUGGAUCUCGCCAAGCUCACCUACAAGAACGUCCAGAAAGAGCAGGUACGGCAGAAGAAAAUGGAAACGUACGAGCAAACGGGCAGCUGGCCGGGCCAGAAGCAGCACAAGAAGCGUGUGGAGUCCUGGGAUCAGACCAAGAAGGCCAAACUGGAUGCCAAGUCGAAGAAGGAGCUGCGCAAGGCCAAGAAGCAGCGGAAGAAGGCGGCGGAGGCAGAGGCGGGAGCUGCGAAGGGAAAGAAGCGACAGCAGUUCAGCCAGGAGGAUCUCGACGAGCUGGCCAGCGAUAUUCGGCUCUUCAAGCGGCUCAAAAAGAACAAGAUCAGCGAGGAGGAAUUCGACAAGGCCAUGGGCAUCGAGGGCGAGAAUGAGUGAUUAAUUUCUAUGUACAAUAAAAGUUUGUUAAGAAUAACUAACUAACAUCAAAAGAACUAUUUUAGUUUUAUAUAAA